AUGGCAAUCCGAGAUCUCACAUCGACAUUUCACGAGCUCGUCAAUGAACAGAGGAAGAAAGUGUCGCCUCCAAAGCGGAGAAAGCUGAAUCGUGAACGGACGCAUGUGCCAGGGGAAGGCUCGACGCCUUUCAUGCCGUCGUAUAUGAAGGAGGCAUACUCAAUCCACAAUCACAUAUCUACCCUCACCCGCAUGCUUGCCAAUAUCCGGAAACCAUACCUAGACGUCCACGCACGCAGACCACCACUCACGCGUCAAGCGUCAGCGUCGACGUCGAAAAGCCUUGACACUGAUGCUGAUCCAACCAUGGGAAUAGAUGAGAUGUGGAAGGAUGUGAAGUAUUUGACGAAUGAGGAGAGGGAUCAGAUUGAUUUGCAGGUUCGGAUGAUAUUGGCGAGGUGCGCCCAGAAAGUUAGGGCCAUGGAGGAACUAGAGAAACGCCGAGCAGACCUCGCAGCAAAAGAAUCCUCUCCCCUCCUCCGUAUCCUACCUUCCUCGCUAUCCUCCAUAUCAUCCACACUUUCAACCUCCCUCACACCCGCCUCCACUACCCUCCUCAAUAACGCGAUCUCGACGCACAACAACAACGUGACAUUGUACCUCACCACGCGACUGGCAGAUGUGAGCCAACAACAGAAGGACAUGCAGGAGGAGCGAGUGAAGAGGCAGACGGAGCGGACAAAAACGUUGGGUGGCGGCGCUGGGAGGGAGAUGGCUCUCUCGAUGACGGAACGAGGUGGUGGAGGAGCAAGCAGCUGGCUGGGUGGUGCGGCCACGUCCAUGAUAGCGUCAACCCUCGGCGCACCAAAUCCCAACACAACCUCCACGUACCCAUCCUAUCCAUCCUCAUCAAUACCUCCAUCCGACUCCGCCGCAGCAUGGGACCUCUCAGACGACGACUUAUCCUCCGACGCCGACCUCUCCGAACUGACCCCCUCCCAGAUCCAACUCUUCGAAUCCGAAAACGCACAGAUCCUGCAACAAGCCCAGUCCCAGCUCGCGUCCAUCCAACAGGCCGAAUCGCGGCUGCUCGAGAUAAGCGCGCUGCAGCUGCAGCUUGUAGAACAGCUGGGGAGACAGACGGAGGUGGCGGAGAGGAUAUGGGAAGACGCGGCGCAGACGAGGGAAGAGGUGGACAAGGGGAAUGUGCAGUUGAGGGAGGCGAGGAGGAGGAUGAGAGAUGGAAGGGUUGGGUUGCUGGUUUUUUUGAUUGGGGCGAGUUUGAGUUUGUUGUUCUUGCAUUAUUACUAG